GAAGGUGCUGAAGUGGAAAAGGGGGGCACAUCCUGGGAAAGGCUGAGAAUGCCCCCCCCCCUUCGACUUUCAGGAGGCAAAGCUCUCCAUGCACAGGUUGCUUAGCAAUGCUGUGUGGGAAGAGUUUGGCUCGCUGGAGAGUUACGGAAAAGGAAAAGCCGAUGUUAGUGCUGGCAGUGCUGCCCACCCCCACCCCCCUCAGCAAGUGGGACAAAGGGGCAGUGGGGCAGCAGAAGAGGAGGAGGAGGAGGUUUCCCAUGCUGGCAUUUGGUCAGUCCCCCUCCCCUCCCUGCUGGGACGGCUCCCUCCCUCUGCUGCCUGCCCAAGGCUGUUGUGCUAUCAGCUAGCACAAUCUGGGCUUUGUCCCUCCCGUCUCAGGAUGCAGGGAAAGCCGCUUCUGGGCUGGGGGAGGCUUGUACUUAUAGUCACGUUCAGCACACGCCCAGAAGGAGCGUGGAAGGCAAAGGCCCACCGGCCAGAAGCAGUCAGUGGAACCAGGGAAGAAAGGGGGCAGAAAAGGGGCUGGAUGGAGGCCAGCCAAUGCCACAGCCUCGACUCGACUCUCCUCUCCGCAGGGUCCCUCUCCCUGCAGACCCGAAUCCUCCUGGGGUUACGUUCAGGUGAUGGCCCACCUUUUAACGCCUGGAGAGCAGGAGAAAACCUGGCCACAUUUUCCAUCUUGGAAGUCCAGCUCUGUCCCUGAGGAAUUGAUGCUUUGGCCCCAGCCGCGCUGACCCUUCCAAAGACUGACUGCCCCUCCAAGCUGGGGUUUGGCUCAUUUGCCUCUGUCCAUAAAAGGGGUUUGGGCACUCUCUGCUGGGAGGCCGGCACAGACGAGCAUCUCGCAAAAGACCGAUAGGGAGGCCGGCUGCGUGUUAAGACUUGGUUUCAAUUCAGACACGCCAGAGAAAUCCGGAGGUCUUUUUCUUCUUCUUGCUUUUUCCCUCCCAAGUGCAACGUUUUGGAAACAUCGACCUUAAAACAAGGAAGAAGAGGCUUAUUACCACAACAAGCAGUGAAGUCUACUUUUCUGCUAACCACUAGGGGCCGCAGCUGAAGCAGGAUUGGACUCUCUUCUUUCUCCCGCCCCUCAGUGCCCACCUGGGUUCUGGCUUUCCUUUAAAAAGCGCCAUCCUUGAAAUGCAACAGUUCAAGCAAGCGGAGAGUUCAGCCGUGCCCUGGAUUUUCUUUGGGGUUCUCAAGACGCCUCUCAAAGAGGCCCAUUUGGAUCCUGGAGGUCCUAAUUCCCUGCGGAGGAUGAUCUGCACAUGGACGGUCCAGCCUGAUAAACCCAGAGACAGCCUGAUCUGCAGCACAUGUAGCAAGCAGACCUUCCCGCAGGUUCCUCCUCAGUCCCAAGCGCGGCGUGUGUUUUCCCGGUGAGGAAGUGGUUAGGGUUCUCUUCAACUGCCGUCUGCUGGCUAUUUGGGCAGGAAGCAAAGGUCCUCUUUCUUUGCCUGUGAUUCGCUGUUUUGUCAGCUGCCCAAUGCAGCCGUCCGGCACGGCCAGGAAAGGUGCACCAGAACCCAAAGGGUGAGUGAAGCCCUUACCUGGGGAGGUUUGGGGAGGAAAAAGUGGAUACCUGGCUUUUAAAGCCAGCCUAGCUGCCGAAACAGCCUCCCAAUUCCUCACUUGCCCUACAUUGGACAUCUGGAUUGUUUUUCCUUCUGCAGUUUGCGAGGAAGAUGGGCGAAGGUUUCAAGAAUGAUUUUGUCCUCGUGAUCACACCCAGGAGAUAAGGCUGCCUUCUCGCCAGGGAACGCCAGCCUUUUAAGCCGCCCUCAGGAUGCCAGCCUCAAGAUGCUGCUGAGCCAGAGUUAAGGAUUGGCAGGAGGGAGAGCAAGGGAGAAGCAGCCCGCCCGCCCUCCGGCCCAUGACUGCCCACAGUCCAGAGACCCUUCCCUGCCCCUGGGGGGAAAACUCCAGCACAGCCUGAGGCCAGCAGUGUCCCACGUCUGCCCAGCCCAGGGCGAAGACCACUAAGCAGGGCCAGUUCUUCCCCGGGAUGAGCGUGCUGCUUCUGACAAGGAGGAAGCAGCCACAAGCGUCCUUGGCUUUCAGCGGCUGAAAGGGCCUUUGUUUCCAUAACCUCAGCUUCUCCUGGAGGGCCUGGGGGACAAAAGAGAAGCGAACCUGAGCCUCCAGGCCACCCAACUUCUGCUUUUGACCAUUUUGCUCCUUCCCUGCUUCUGUGGGAAGCGCUCCGAACGAUGCAUCCAGAAGGGGAGACUGUGUCCGGCACAACAAAACAGGGCUUAAUUUUGACAGAAAAAGCUGGAAGGGAUUCCUUUUGUGCAAAUCUGCCCAGUUCAGCAGAACCAAGCCCUGCCUGUUAUUUUUCCCCUCUAUUCUUCCAACCCAGAGAGGUCAACUUCGGCAUACGGAUGACCCUGUUUCAAGGGAAGACAACUCUCCUAUGGAUAUCCUUGCUCGCCCUCUUAUCGCUGGCCAUUUUCACCCACUUGUGCAGGGAUGAGAAAGAACCCUGGAUGGACAACAGCAGCAGCUUCCAAGAGGCGUAUUCAACCACAGAGGCGGGAGAGAUACCACUGAGCAGCUGGUUUCACCCAAACGCAAGGAUAGCGAUCACUGCCCUGAGCCCGUGGUCAGCCCCCAUCGUGUGGGACGGGACCUUCGAAAGUGCCCCCCUGAACUAUCAUUACCAGCAGCAGAAGAUCACCGUUGGACUGACCGUUUUCGCCAUUGGGAAAUACCUGGACAAAUACCUGAAGGACUUCUUGAUUUCUGCAAACACCUUCUUCAUGGCCGGCCACAAGGUCAUCUUCUAUGUCAUGGUCAAUGACCUCUCCAAAGUGCCCGAGGUCAAGCUGGGCCCUAAGCGGUCGCUGAAGCUCUUCCGCGUCAAGCAGCACAGCCGCUGGCAGGACAUCAGCAUGAUGCGCAUGAAGACCAUCGGGGAGCUGAUCGAAGAUUCCGCCCGCUUCGAGGUAGACUUCCUCUUCUGCAUGGACGUCGACCAGGUCUUCCAGAGCUUCUACGGGGUAGAGACCCUGGGCAAGUCCGUGGCCCAGCUCCACGCCUGGUUUUAUGAGGAGGACAGGAGCAGCUUCACCUACGAGAGGCGCCCCGAGUCAGCCGCACACAUCCCCUACGAGGAGGGGGACUACUACUACCACGGAGCGGUCUUUGGAGGCACCCCACUGGGGGUCCUGAACCUCACCCGGCAGUGCUACCAGGGCAUCCUGCAGGACAAGGAGCGGGGCGUUGAGGCCAUCUGGCACGACGAGAGCCACCUCAACAAGUACUUCCUGCUCCACAAGCCCACCAAGCUGCUCUCCCCCGAGUACUGCUGGGAUUACAAGAUCGGCUGCCCCUUUAACAUCCAUAAUGUAAAGUUGUCCUGGUUGCCGAAAGAAUACAAAGAGGUCAGAGGCAACUCUUGACCUGCCCCACACCCUUGAACUGACCAACGCUGGCCUGCAGCCAACACUCCAGAUGGACACGUUAACAGCACGGCCGAGCCUCACUCUGUCACCCGCUGCAGAAGAGGGGCAAGCUGGGGGCAUAGAGGGGCUGGCAACGGUGAGGAAGAGGGCAGCUGUCUUCUGCCACCGUCUCUGGCCCCUCCUGCCCCCUUCUUUUCUCGCAUCGGACACGGACUGCUCUGGGCAGUCUUUCUCGGUCCAUCUCUGGUUUUGUGAAUUUGCGAAGAGAAGUCGGGGACAGAAAGCGAGAGCUGAGUCAGGCUACACCUCCACACUUAUACGCUGGUGCCAUGUGGAAGGCAUAAAGAAUUCAGGGGGUGGCAAAUGUUUACACAGCAGGCAGGGUCCGCAGAGGAAGCCACCGCCCUCUUUUCAGACCCUUCUGCUAUCAGAUCUCGUGUUCAGAUUCUGGGUGAAGCUCCUCAGAGGGGCUGUAGGGAGCCACGCUAAGCCAGUGGGUCAGUGUCUCUCUUUUUCCUUCCCAAAGCUUCAUGUUUCAAAAUGAGGGGUUUUUCUCCCCUGGGGAUUCAAAUAUGCAGGGGAACGUCCCUUAGUCAAAGCACACUUGUCCCUCUUGCACCUGCCAAGGUGCCCGACUCGCCUUUGUUUGUUGAAACACCUGCCUGCAGGCUCUCCUUCCGAGCUCAUUUGCACAAGCCAAAAUUAGCCGUGUUCUGCUGUGCGUGUAUUUGACUGCGCACCCCCCCUGGGUUGACGGGGGCUGAAAUUAGACGUCAGUCCUUCUUCCACUCUUUUCCUUUUGUAGUUUAGAGACAGGCCUUUUCUCGCCCUCAGGGGCACAAAGGUUUGGACCGGCCUGCAAGGGGGCACUGCUUGAGCUUAAGAGGGAGCCCAAAUCCUGGGCCUGCCCUCUAAAUGCCGUCUGGGGGGCCUCCUCGAGUCCUUCGCCUUGAAUAGUCCGGGGUCCGGUUUCAAAACCCUCUACGUCCCGAAAGUUCAACCUGGUUAGCGGCUGGCACAGGGGCCCCUUCCUGGCACCCAUCAUCCAGGGAGAUUUAUGAACUGGUGUACCUGCGGGUGACAGGCAUGGAAACCUGGCUUCCCUAACUACCUUUAGAAAUCAGUAUGUUAGUUAAUUUAUUGCCUUGUAAAUGACAAAACAAUAAAUCUGGAUCUUAUUUCGGCAA